AGUCCUCUCAACCACACAUUCUUCUGUUCAAGAUGUCCAAUGAUUUGGCCGAAGUUGCCAAACCUCUCUUUCUCUCUCUAGAAAUCCAAUGGGGGGUUUUGGAAGGAAAAGAGUGAGCUUCUACCAAGUGGUGGUGGUUAUGGUGGUCUCAAUGGCUGUGAUGUUGUACACGUGUCAGGCGAGCAUCAACCUCCACCCUCUGAUCUUGGUGCCCGGAAGUGGCGGGAACCAGCUAGAGGCUCGCCUAACUGACGGUUACAAGCCCCCGAGCGGGUUGUGCAGCCGGUGGUACCCGAUUCGGAAGGACAGGCACGGGUGGUUCAGGCUGUGGUUCGACCCGACCGUCCUCUUAGCCCCUUUCACGGAGUGUUUUGCUCAACGUAUGACGCUUUACUAUGACCCAGAUGUGGAUGAUUACCGAAAUGCCCCCGGGGUUGAGACUAGGGUCCCUCACUUUGGUUCCACCCAAGCCCUUCUCUACCUUGAUCCUCAUCUCAAGCACAUUACAUCAUACAUGGAACCCCUGGUGAAAUCUCUGGAACAGAUUGGCUAUGUGGAUGGUGAAACCCUCUUUGGAGCUCCCUACGAUUUCCGGUAUGGUUUGGCAGCAGAAGGUCACCCAUCACAUGUCGGUUCCAAGUUCCUCCAAGACCUAAAACAACUAAUAGAAGAAGCCAGCACUUCAAAUGGAGGCAAGCCAGUAAUCCUUGUGUCCCACAGCUUAGGAGGCCUAUUUGUCCUCCAACUCCUCAAUCGAAACCCGCCCUCUUGGCGCCAAAAAUUCAUCAAACACUUCAUUGCACUUUCAGCACCAUGGGGCGGCUCAGUGCAGGAAAUGCUCACUUUUGCUUCCGGCUACUCACUGGGAGUGCCACUAGUUGAUCCAUUGCUAGUAAGAGAUGAGCAGAGGAGCUCAGAGAGCAACCUAUGGCUCAUGCCUUCUCCUACACUUUUUGGUCCUAGCAAACCUCUUGUAAUCACACCAAAUGCUACCUACUCUGCACACAAUGUCGCGAAAUUUCUCAAUGACAUAGGAUUUGAACAAGGGAUUCAACCUUACAAGACUCGGAUUUUGCCUUUGGUUGAACGUUUGGCAGCGCCAGAAGUGCCUCUUACGUGUAUAAUUGGCACCGGUGUUGAAACACCGGAGACAUUGUUCUAUGGAGACAGUGGUUUUGAUCAGCAGCCAGAGGUUGUCAAUGGAGAUGGCGAUGGCACGGUGAACAUGGUGAGCUUGUUGGCACUUGAAUCGCAGUGGGCGAACGAGAAGAAUCAAACCCUUAAAGUGAUUAAAAUUGAUGGGGUCUCUCAUACAUCCAUACUCAAAGAUGAUGCUGCACUGAGUGAAAUAGUUGGAGAACUUUGCUAUAUAAAUUCUGGUUGCACCAGUUCGUUGGUAUCAGUUGCCUAACAAAGUAGAGGAAGUACAUUAUUUCUUGUAAAAUGAUAUUCCUAUUUUAAGCUGCUUAUUUUCAUACUCGUAAUCCUCUUCUGUACACUUUAGGUUCGGUACCAUCCUGUAUUUUUUACAUUGAGAAAAUGACAAGAUACAUUUUGAGUUCGGUACCA